AUGGCAUCAGCACACCUCCAGCCCGAGUCUGAUGUGAAUGCAUCGUCGUCAACAAGCUCCAUUGACCCCCAUAUUAUUGAAAAUAUGGAUCCUGAAUUCGUAUCGUUGUAUGAGAAGGUCCUAUCAAAACUGAAACCAACACAUGAAGUUCCCAUUGAAGAAGUUCGAGCCAAUCCUUCCAAGUAUGCGACCGUGGAGUAUGACAGUAAAGAUGAGCCUCGUAUUCAGGAUUAUGAAAUCGAGUCCAAGGAUGGAGCUCUUGUUCCUAUCAGGUGUUACUACCCAGAUCCUGCCACUUUUGGCCCGGGACCGUAUAGUGUCCAUAUUAAUUUCCAUGGUUUGCUCCCUUUCUCUCUCAUUACACAAUACUAUUUCCAACCGGCGAACCUAGGUGGUGGAUUUGUUUUCGGCAGUCUUCAGACGGAUUCUAAAUUCUGCCUGACCCUACGCGAUCGUCUUAGUCUGGUAAUUGUAGACGUCAACUAUCGGCAUUGUCCCGAAACAAUAAUGGGGAAGAACAUCGAAGAUGCGUGGGCUGCCCUAUGUUGGGUUCGAGAUGCAAGUGUGAUGCUGAACGUUGACAAGUCGUCCAUAUCUCUUGGGGGGGUAUCAGCAGGCGGCUACUUUAGUUGUGUUCUUCAACAUCUCGCACGAGAUAACAACGUUCCUCUUAGGCUUAUCAUACCAGCGGUGCCCCCCGUCACGGACUGCUGUUCCUAUAAGAAGCUCGAGGAUUCUCCAUAUGAGUCGUUCCGACAAUACAGCCGAGCUCCUCUCCUCAAUUGGGCGCGGAUAUCAUAUUUUCAGCAACAUGCCUUCCCGGAUGACAAAGUAGAUUAUAUACGGUCACUUUGGCCAGAAUGGUGGCUAUCACCAAUCAAGGCGCCGAAUUUCGCCAAUCUUUGUGACACAUUCCUCAUUACAGCGGAGGUUGAUCCAGUACGUGAUGAAGGGGAAGACUAUGGAAAGAAACUUGUUGCAGCAGGUAAUAAAGUUACUUUCAAGAGGUAA